GGCCUAACCUGAUGAAAGUUGACAUCGGCCUGGUCGACAUGUCGUACACUGAAGUCAAACAGAUGGAAGGCUACCCAUGGUUGUCUCUGAUUGGUGAUAUUGGUGGAACACUUGGGCUGUGUCUGGGUGGAAGUGUGUUAACACUGGUGGAAAUUGUUGACGUCAUCGUCACGUGGGUUUUCUUCAGAGAUAAAGAUAAAUAUGAACACAAAACUGAAAUGGAGAAAGCACCAGACAAGGGCACAGAUGAACCAAUACACUGCCAGUCAUAAUGUUCCAAGUAGUCGGAAUGAUCACGGCAAUUUGAACUUGAAAUGGAGUGGAAAGCAUGUGUUUCUUGGCCGUGUCAAAUAGUUAUGUCAGUUGAUCUAUAGACCAAGUCUCCAAACAAAUUGGACAAAGUACUGUGACUAUGUGUCCAAGUCCAUCAAGCUGUGAAUGAGUACCUCGUAAGAAUGGGAAUGCUACUUGGCGCGCUGCACGAAUUGUAUGAUCCCCAGGGAGUUGAGAUUGAAACACCCGAUGUACCAUUGAGACUGACAUCCAAUUAUCGAGGGAAAAACAAAGCGCUUUGAGCAUGCAGGUAGAUGGGAUGGACUAUAGCGCUAUAUA